CAUAGAUCGGAGAAGGAACGGAAGAUCUGAAUCUUGCCGCCUCCUUGCCGCAGCGUUUGUUACACUCUGCCUGGCGACUUGCCGUUUUUCCCCGCCGUCCUUCCGCAUCAGCGGUUGACAACAGACAGGCUGCCGCUGCUGUUCGUCUGUGAUGUAAAAGAGGCGCGGCACCCAUCACCCACUCAAAACCUACUUCAGGAUCGAACCGGGGCAAGCGAGACCGUUCCGCUUGGAUCCGGUUUUGCUUCUCUGACGCCUUUAAAACCCGACCUCUAGGUGCUCCUCAGAAGUUAUUCCGCUCCUCUGCCUCACUUCAGGAUGGAAGAUUCAGAGACAGAGCUGGCAGUGUCUGAGACAGAUGCCCUGGGUGCAGACUUUAUCACAGUGGAGCUGGACACGCAGCCAAUUGAGUAUGUGGUGAAGUGGGCGGAGGUCGGCUCUAAGUUUACCAUCUCUUGCGUGAAGAAGGAUUCAGACGAGGCGACAGAGCUGACGGCCGACCAGCUGAAGAUCGAAACGGAUGAAGCUGUCUUUGCCUCAUACGAGGAGGUGUACCCCUGUGAGGUGACGGAGCAGAGCGUGGAAAUAAAGACAGAUUCUGACGAGGAGGAGGAGGAGGAAGACACAGAAGAGGAACAUGAGGUGCUGGUGGAGGCUGGGAGCAGCCAGCUCGAUGGCGAGAUCGACUCCGACCAGGCUGACUUUGAGCCAGACGAACGGCAGUAUCGCUGCAGUUACUGUGGGAAAUGCUACAGCCAUGCCUCCAGCCUCUACCGCCACCAGCAGACCCACACCGGCAAGAGUGGAGGGACACCGCCACCCGCCAAGCGGGCGCUGGAACCAACACACCAGGACGCUCGCUACACAUGCCCUCACUGCGGGAUGGGCUUCAAAGGCAGCAGGAUGUUGGGCAGUCACCUACGGUUGCAUGGGAAGCGGCGGAUCCACCCCUGCAACAUCUGUGGGAAAGAGUUUAACCACAGCUCCAGCCUGUCACGCCACCGCCUCAUCCACAAGAAGGGAAAAGGAAUCCCCAAAGACGUGGCCCUUGGCCCCACCAUGGCUGCCGUGCGCCACUCGUUGAAGACUGGAAGCAAGAACAGGAAAACAAAGAGACAGCAGCAUGUGGCGCCUGCAAUUAUUCAGAGUCCAGGCGCCGAUAAGUUCUACGCCUGCCCACAGUGUGACAUGAGCUUCAGGACGUCCACGCAGCUUUCCAAGCACCAGGUGACUCAUGUCAAAGAGCUGCUGGAUAACUACACCCCUGGCAAAGAGAAUCUGGGUGAGACAUCGUCAGACCUUAAGAUUCGCCUCAAGCUCUGUUCCCAUGACAAGCCCAACUUCUACACUCUCUGCAAGAAGAACCGCCGCCGCCGCGGGGGACGUGCUGGAAAACGGGGCUUGGCUAUGUCUGAGGAAGAAGAGGAGGGGGAAGGAAGGAGUGGGGGAGGAGCUGGCCAACACGGCUGUAACCAGUGUGGAAAGAGAUUCAGCCACGCCUCCAGCCUAGCCCGACACCAGUUGACCCAUCGGGGGAGGGAUGGUGCUGCCAGGGGAAAGCUGCAGCAGCAUCAGAAACAUCUUCAUGCCAAGAUGGGGCUUGCUGUGUCCAAGACCAAGACCUACACCUGUGGGGCCUGCAACAAGACGUUCAUGCACUCCUCCAGCUUUUCCCGCCACAAGAAGGCUCACAUGGAGGAGGAGCAGCAGGGUCGGUCUGCCACUAAGCGUCGGAAGAGACCCAUCCUAGAUGAGACCGCCCCUCUGGAAUCCGACUCCGAGUGAUGCUUGCUGGGUCUGGACUGGGUUUGCCAAUGAAUCAGCACUUAACUGGUUCUCAACUGGUUUGAGACCAGUUCUGGAAAAGUUCUAACAUGAGAAAAUUCUGGACCAGUUCUCCACCAGUUCUGGACCAGUUGGGAACAGAUUCUAUGCUGCGUAUUGCAGUUAAAUAGUCGGGUUUUGGGAACUGGAACUGAUUGAUUCUUCACAGGUGUAGAUAGCAGGACGUCCACAAGGGGGUGUUCUCAUGGUCAUAAGUGACCGUAGGCAUUGCUCUAAAGACUCGAAUUAGAUUUAAAGUAUCAACCAAUGCCCCCCCCCCUUUGCCCCCACCUUUUAUUAGGAUGCUUUUUGCAUUCAUUUAGCACUUCACACUCGAUUUUCUAUCAGCCACCUGGGUAAAUCUGCUAAGAGUCAGAGGCUGUUGUUGUCUGACUGUUACCCAUCAGCCCUGAUACCCCGAGUGGCACAGACCAUUCUAGGAAAAACUGAGCCUCUGCAGGCACUGAUAACAACAAUAAAACAUGUGGAACCUGAUGUGAUUCUGUGAUAAAUAAUCAGGUGGCAGCAGGACAGUCAGACUUUACGGAAGUUUGUUAAUGACAAAAACAUCUGUUGGUAGAGAUUCAUAUUUCUAUGAUCCAGGAUUCAAAAUUACAUAUACUUUUUUAAAUUCAGAAACCAAAUAUUGUCACAUUGAGAAAGCUGACAUAUUGUUUUCAUAUAUACUUCUUUCAAACAAAAUUUCUGCAAAAAAAGUCCACGGAGCUCUACUGCAGAAUAUGUUUGCAUGUAUGUAUGUAUGUAUAUAUAUAUAUAUAUAUACACACACACACACAUCCACCUCGUCAAUGAGAAACUUCCGUACACGACUGUUUGCCUACACAACAUAGUCUCCAUGUUCGUUUUGUUUCCCUUUCAGAUGUCUCCACCUCAUCCAACCUGUGUGAUCUAUUGGUCUAAGUUCUUCUUGGCACGUUUCGAUUAGUUAACGGUGUUAUAGCGUUGAUAUUUUUUUAAAAGGUAAAAUGUGAAACUGAGGUCGGACCCAGCUUUCCUCUACAUUAGCGUAAGUGUGAGAGCUUAUUUGUAGUUUCUCAACUGACCAUCUCAAUUUCUCGUUUUAGAAGCAGUGGAGGUCAAACAGAAACUACACUACUUAUUUAUGAAUUUGAAACAAUGUUGUAAUAUAUAACUAUAAAUGAUAUUUAAAUGUGAUUCACAAGCAUAAAAAACAAAUGGGCAUCUAGCCGGCCAAUCCGGGCCUAGCUGCCAUGUAACACUGUUCUUAUUUUGCAUCUGCAUCAUCAUCAUCUGGCAGGAAAACUCAUCCAUUUUUUCAGUUACAGCCUUUAAAUUAGUUCAACAACAAAGGAGACUCCUGAAAUGUGAGCUGGGAGUUUUACUAUUUCUGAGGAUGAACUGAUGUGGACAAGUGGAACAGAAGCCGAAGUGUUCUUCAUUAAUGGGGAAAAAAACAGAAACCCUUUGUUUUCAGGAAGCAAAUGUGAGAAUUGCUAACAGAUUGUGUUGCUGUUUAGACCAAAACAGUUCAUCGUUACAAAAAUGUAAUUUUAUCAAAUUCUAUGAAUAAUUUCCACGAAAAAGCAGCUGUUCACUCAAGAGAUCUCUGUAAAUGUUAGACAUCUGACCUAAAACACGCAAGCGUAACGGGCACAGAUGAAAAUGGAUGAGACAUAAAACGCUGUCCAUCUACAAUUAAUGCCGGAAUGCCAGAACAAAUCCAGUCAAACAGGCACAAAUGGUGUCUACUAAACUUCACUAAAUAAAUGAGGUCACAUCUGGAUCAAAACAAAAAAAAGACAAAUUCAAAUGCAUUGAUUGGUGAAUAAACAUUAAUCCCCUAACGGUGGUGUUAGGACCCCAUGUGUGUUCAUAACAUCUGGACUCUGAUGUGUUGAUGAAAAAGCGGCGAUUGGACUGAGUUGAGUUCACAGACAGAACCAGAGUCCACUUCCGGUGUCCUACUGUUGGUGUGGUUUGGAUCCUUGGUGACUUUUGCUAAAGCUGAAGUGGACGGAGCGAUAAAACAAGCACUGGAUACCCCUUAUCUUCUGGGUUUGUUUCUCUUUUCCUCUUUAGAGCCAUGUUGUUGGUUUGUUUGGUUUGUGGUUCCAGCGAAGCUUUACCCGCAGAUAGGUCGUAUGUCAGUGUAUUGUGUUUUCAAUAGAAUAAACCCAGUUGACUUGU